UACCAUUAGUGCCGGACCUGUUCAGAGUUCACUUCCGGUGUGCUAGCCGGGCAGAGAGUUAUCAUCAUGGGGGGAACUGGUAGCACAAGACGGUUAGUCGUGGAAGAAAUUGAUGGCGAUGGUGUUGUCAAGAUAUCGGAAUCAGUUGUACGGAGACUGAAAGGAGAGUCUGAACCGGAGGGAGCCUCGAGCAGUCAAUCCAAAAGUGCACCACGUCCAGAGAGGGUGUUCCUGCCUCCCCCUCCCCCCCAGUAUGGCCAGGCCAGGAUAGACUCCAAGAAAGCAGUCCAAGAAGUAGAGGCCUUCUACCAGCAGAAGCUUAGACAGCUAGAAGAAAGAAAUGCAACACUACAGAAAAUAACAAAUGAGCAGUUUGCCAAGGCAGUCCAGGAGGUUGAACAGAAGUUUUUGAAACAGACUGGUUCCCCAGUGUGUCAGGACCUACAGAGUCGAGUGUACAACUGUUACGUGGACAACCCUAAAUACACGCUUAGAUGUUCAGCUGAUGUUAGAGCAUUUUCAUUAUGUGUAGAGACAGCUAGACAGAAUGCCUUAGCAAGGAAGGGCUGAUGCAGCAAUCAUGAGUGCUUAUUUGUUAUGGUCAGAGUGUGUGCUUUAUUAAAGCCUAGAUGUCGGAAGUCCUACCAUUUUCGAAUUCAUAUUGAGAACACUGCAUCGAUGGCUCAUUCAUUAGCUAACACACCAUUGGAAGUAUGGAGAAGUAGACCUGUGAUCCUCGUAUACAAGGGUGUUAUGUAUCAUCAGAGAACUUGUGCCUGGUAUAUUAAAGAAAAACACUGAAUGUAGUGAUAUCUGAUACUUGUAAAUAUUUGUUAUUCAUCCUAAAAGGUUUGUGCCAUUAAAUCAAAUAUAUGGGAA